AUCACUCUCUGCGCAUGGUAUUGUUAUGUUUGGUAGUUUCUAAGCAGUUGUUGAACCGUGAACUUGGUGCCUUGAUAACAAUUUAGAAACGAUUUGAUCCCUAACAUGGCUCAUAACCACAUGAAUCAUAAUAUGGAUUCUGGAAUGAACACGUCUACAACGGCGCCGAUGACUCAUGAUCAUGGUGGUCACGGCGGUGGUACAGUCCACCAUAUGAUGCAGAUGUAUUUUGUUGUAAGCGAGAGUGCAACUAUACUGUUUGAAGACUGGAAAGUAGAUACAGCAACAGAAAUGGUUUUCUCCUGCCUUGGCAUUUUUGUUCUUGCUGCACUCUAUGAAGGCCUAAAGGUUCUUCGUGAAAUUUUGAAAAGGAGAUAUAGCUAUGUGGUCAGCGUGGAUUUAACAGAGACCAAGGUGUAUGGUACAGGGCCUAACCAAACAACUGUUGUGACUGAAUCAAAAGGAAAUCUUCCAAGGUCCAGAAUUUGCAAUUGGCAUCAUGUACUUCAAACAUUCCUUCAUGUUAUCCAAGUCACUCUGAGCUAUUUCCUCAUGUUGAUCUUCAUGACAUACAAUGUCUGGCUGUGUCUGGCGGUUGCUCUGGGAGCAGGCUUUGGGUAUUUUGUGUUUGGAUGGAAGCUGAACAAAGUGGUUGAUAUUUAUGAGCACUGUCAUUGAUUGAUGUUAUUCUCUUCCAAUUAAGUUCAUUGUUUGGAAGGGUAAAAGCAUUGAUAGCUGGUAUCUUUCAUAAUUUCAGUUUUGUUUAGUUAGUUAUUUAGUGUAAACAUUGUUUAUUUAAUUGAAACUUGAAGUUCAUUUCAACAAUUCCACACAAUCACAUUUACAAUGCUCUUAAUUUAGACUGAUCAGACACAUUAGCUUUCAAGAAAUGCUCUUAACAAAAUUUAUGCAUGGUUCUUUUCAAAUUAUCUCAUUUGAAACUUGUUUUGCACAACCACAACAAUUUUUUAGAAUUUGAUUGUGACUGAUAUGAAGAACAUGUGCACUGAGAAAGGAUAUGGUGAAACACACACUCGUUUUGCUGAACAUAGGGUUACAGAAAAUACCCAAAAGUAUCUCGUGUUCUUGAAAAAUCCAGGUGACCAUCUUAAUGGUUCAUAAAUAAAUUUGUAAUAGUUUACAUCAGGUAUCUCAGGAAAAUUGAUAGUACCAUUCAAGUGACAAAGUAAAGGGGAAUGUUUAAACAUGAGCUAAAAUUUAAGUAGUUUGUAAUACAGGCAACACUGUUUGCACUUUCUUUUCUAACUGAUUAGCUUCCUUUUUUUUUUUUUGGAAAAUAUUUGUGAGUACCAGUUUUUAACAGUGUGGUUGUAGAAAAGUGUUGCAAUUUUUCAUUUAAAGAAUGAGUAGUUGGAAUGAGUAGUUUAAAAUAACUUUUAUUUAAUUUAAUUGCUUGCAUAGGAUCACCCAACAAAGUUUCUCAGAGGUAAAUUGAUUUUCCAAACUGGGGAAUGUAUAAUUAAAAAUAUUUUUGUGGUUAAAGGUUAAGUAAUAGGGAUAUUUUUGUUUUUAUUAUGAUAUUCAUUAGAUUUUAUUUCUUUACUUUAAAUUAGAUAGAUAACUUUUAUGGGCCAUUCAAUACAUUUGAUAUAAAGUUAAUUAUGAUAAUAGUUGUGGGUACUCAGUGCAUGUUUAUAAUGGGCAUCAACAGAAAGAGAAACAGAAGAUGAGAAGUGCAAAGGAGAAGUGAGAUGAAGGACGGACUGAGGUCUAGACAGUGGGAGAUCAUGGGAAGUCCAGGCUCGACACUAAUGGUAGCCAAUUAGCCACGGACUAGUAGAAAUUCAGUUUUGGCUGGUGGUUUUCUAUUUCCACUCCAUUAUCCAAUUUGGCCAAUAAACAAGCUGAAAUUGUCGUUACAUCUAGGUUGUCAUUAGCCACUUGGCUAGUAAGUUGAAAAGUUAGUGUUGAGCUCUGGGAAGUGCCCAAGUCUUCCUCCUCCAAUGUUCACUUCUUGUCACACUGACUGCUUAUCUUGUUUCCCUGUCGCUGCUCUCUGCGCAGGGCAAAGACUAAGACUGUUACAGCUCAGCAUGGUUUGGUGUAGUUUUUGCUUUGUUUUUGGCUAGCUUGUGGUGAGAUUUGCUCUUUAUUUGUUUGCAUCAGUCUGUUGGUUUUGUUAUUGUUGGGCGCUGUAAUUGGGUAUUACUGUAUCCUUUUUUCUGCUAGCCUUUAGAUUAUUAGGAUCAUUAUAUGAGCAACCAGUUCACAGAAACUUGUUGUCACACAAUAAUAGCAAAAAGGGUAAAUAAGGGUGAUGAUUAUUAAUUUUGAAAAGAUGUAUUUAGUCCUGUACAAGGUUUUUGGAAAAUUUUUGCAUAAGGUGAUGUUGUAUUCUGAGGGCUUGAAUGAUAGAUGGAUAAGAUUGUUUGCAAUUUAAAAACAUAGUUGUGCACUUCUCCUGUAUGGUACUCAAGUUUGAGCCAGUGAGUUACAGUUUCAAGAGCCAGAGAUUAAAAAAAAUAACAAGGUCAACUAAGACUAAAUGAAAUUGCUACUGUGAUGUGCUGGCUUGCAUUUUGAGAAGACAGUUACUUCAGUAACUGUAGACUUCAGGAGUGCAACCACUGAUCUGUCUCAUAGUAUACUAUCUCUGACAGAAAAAAAUUUUGUGUUGAGAAUUUAUUCUGGACACAAAUUAUUCAAGCGAAUAAGUUUUCCUUUUUCCAUAAAUUGGAUCAGAAAUACUGAGAUAACCUUUGUUUUUUUUUUGUGAAGGAAAAUAUGUUUAAUAACUGCUUUUCAGCUUAAUUUGAUAAAGCCUAUUUUGCUAGAUCUUAUUGCAUAAGAAGGAAAUGUAUUUUUCAAUCGUAAAGGAUCAUUGAUAUUAAAUCAAUUGAAAAUUUCA